GGAGCAAGAAAAACCAUUCAAGUGUCCAAAAUCCUGAGCAUAAGACAAUCAGUCCAAUUGAACAUCCGGAAGGUAUUGCAAAGAAAGUUCGGCGUUAGAAUAUUGAAGUUAAUAAAUAAUCGUCGGAAUCGUUGUUCGUUGGAACAUCCAAAAUCCUGGCAGCAACUAUGAGUCCACUUGUGAGCUAUAUUUGACCACUUUAAACUCAUUAUUUUAACACGGUUUCUUCACAAAAGUUGUAGCCUUACGUCUUAGGAAUCCACAGAAUCAAACGAUUUGCGAUUCCGUGAAGAAACAAUGGAGAUAUGCUCAAAAUACCGCAGGGUGUCCAAUUGUGACGGGAAUGACAAAGUUGGUGAAUUUCGAUGUUGUUUCCACUCCCGCUCAGCCGUAAGGUUUCGGCCGAUGAUUUCCAGGUCUGUACCUUUGCGUUAGACUUGUCGAAUCAUUCAUCACAUACAUACAUGAACAUAUAUGUUAUUUCAUAUGUGAAAACCAUUCCAAAAUAUAUAUGUGAUGCAUAUAUAAGUUAUCUAUAUGUUGAGAUCAAAAUACACCAAAUCCAUAAAGUUAAUAUACACAUAAGUAAAUAAAAACUUUGGAAAUCAACCCAACAAUAUGUAUAUGUUAAUCAAAGCGGUUUCGCUGAGCGUGUAGUUUGUAUUUUUCGUUGACUACACGUAGGUAACAAGAGGACAAUGACGGAACCACUCCCGGAAGGCAUUGAGUUAGAGGAGAUGCAAGGAUGGCAGGCAAAUGUUUGAUCAUCAAAGAAUUUAAAUGUGUCAUGAUUUAAUUAUUAUUGUACUUCCGCAUUACUCUGAAAAUAUAUUUUUUAAAUGGGUCGCGAUCCAGAGUCUGUAAAUUUAAUAUUUAUAAGUAAUUGUCAUUUUCGAAUGUCAAGCGAAAUUUUUAUUUAACUCUCGUUUCACCUUAAUUCGUGUAAUUCCGGGUUAUACGGAUUGGGGUGUUACAGCUUCUCAGUCAAGCACAUAUUCCUCUCAAAAUUAUAGUCUUAUAUACUCAUUGCUUUAAUUUUAUUUUUUGCAUGGCAAAAACUAUUCAUCCAUUGUCGUAGAUUAACCCUUCGAGUGAAUGCUGGAGAGUUAUGGUUCGUGUGGUGAGGCUGUAUAUGUUACCCACAUUUGGUGAUGAGAGAACAACAAAACUCGAUUGAGAUGAUCUUCAUGGAUGAACAUGUAAGUCCUUCUAUAAACUCGAUUGAGAUGGUCUUCACAAUUCAAACUUGGUUGUCAAAGACUUAAGGAAAACACAAACCAAUUUAAUUCAUUUUAACUAUAAGUUGUAAAUAAUUAGAUUUGAAAGAAUCUAAGUUAUAGUCAGAAAGAUUGUUUAAAUGAGUUUGAAAAUUGGAUCAAGAGCACUGCCCAUUCUCGAAUAUUUAAAAACCCUUCUAUAAUAAACUUUAAACUUUGUACAAAUGGGGUUUUUUUGAGGAGCUUGAUAAAAAAGACAUGUUGACUAAAAUAAACUUUAAACUUUGCCCAAGUUUUUUGACUAAAAAAAUUUGGACUAUAUUGAUACCGAUAACACAAAAUGGAUUGACAUGGCUAUAAUUAAAGAAAAUAGGGAAUCAUCUGUGUGAUAUCAAGCUCCCAAGCCAACCAUGAACUGCCACUUAUCUAUAUAAGCUUUAACCUCCCAAGCCAACCAUGAACUGGAAAAAAAAAGAUAUAUGUCAAACCUCUCUUUUAAGCAAUGCUUCCAUUUCAUUCAUAUUUUUGAAUGCUUCUUCUUCAUCAUCAUCAUUCAAGGAUCUAUAGAGUGAAACUGAAGGAAUACUUAGUGCUAUGUUUACAAAAUGCAUGUAGUAAGAUCCCAGAUCAUUUGCUUCAAUACACCGUGCAUAAAUAAAUACCCUCUAUUUAAAUAGACUUUGGCCCAGAUCCCACUUUGCUUAAAAUAUAAUGAAAGUAACAUAAUGAAUACCCAGAUUUUAACCCCUACUUUCAUAAUAUUACCCUCUACUUCAUAUUACAUUUGCUUCAAUACACUGUGCAUAAAUAAAUACCCUCUACUUUGUAGAAGCAGAUUGUAAACACUCCUUUUUUAACUUUUUAUUAUAUCAAUGAGUGUUGAUUUUUGGUUGAUAACAUUAAAGGAAGUACAAUUCAUGCAACGCUUCGAAGAAGUUGGUCGGAACAUUUGGGAAUAAGAUAAAGGAAGGUUCGGUGUAUGUGUUUGCUUAUUUUGGCAUAGGCAACAGUAGUGGGUAUUAUCGCACGUCAAGGCAUGAAUUUAGGCUUGCGAGAAGAUUCUUGUAUAUGGUCUGAAGCUGAUUGCUUUUCCUGAGAUCUUCAAGAAAGAUGCUAAUUAUCCCUAUUUCGUUGGAAAUGCACACUUACUUUCCCUAACACAUUUAUUUAAACUUUUAACAAAUAUAUAACUUUGUAAUUCAUUAUGAUUAGUCUUGCAAAAUAUUUCACACACCAUGGGAACAUUAACUUCUUUCGGCAAGGAAAAGGAAAUAGUUAAAGAGUCAAAAAGAAAAAAAUGAUUGUGAUAACCAUAGAGGCAGAAGGGUACUGUAUUACUAUUUUAAGCUUAUAACAUACACUUAUAUGUACUUUUGGUUAUGUGUUUAUGAUUCUUUUUAUAUAUAUUUGUAAAAUUAGUAUGAAGUUGGAUGUGACUCUAUUUGGGGAGCAUGUUGACAUGCUUAAGAGCUUCUUCUAAAAGCAGCCAUUACAUGAUGCCGUUAUUGUAAUUCAAUAUGCCAAAGUGAAUACAUUCCAAGGAAAAAGUGUUUUAUAGAAUAUUAUGUACGGUACCCGUCUGCUUUUGAAUCGAGAUGUAGAAGAAUUCACCACAUUUAGAAAGAGGAAUUCGGGAGUAACAGCGCAACGUCAACCUCUAAAGUGGACAUGUGAUGACGUUAUAAGUUCACAGGAAACUGAGUUUCUUGAUACAUCCCGAUCGAUGGUGAUAUCUCAGCUUAAAGCAUGUCUUGAGUGUAUGGGACCAUUGUGGUAGUCAACAAUAGCGGAGAUUGGUGGUAUUUAGCUUGCAAGUGUAAUAGAGCAGUGAAACCGGAUGGUGCUAUGUAUUAUUAUGUGCAUUGCAUGUGCCGUGUUCUCAAUGUCACUCCACGGUUUGAUUAUAAUAUCUUCACUUAUCUUACAGUUUCUCACCUAUGUAUAACUUAUGACUAAUGUGAUAACUGUUUUUUUAUAAAUAUUUAAUCAAGCUCAUCAUCAAAGAUGAUUCCGUUCAGACUACCUUUGUUUUAUUUCAUCGUGAGGCAACCUCAAUUCUAAACACUUCUUGUGUCAUUUUGCUUGAUAAAGCUGAUUCUAACUGAAAUGACUUACUCCGUACAAGCAGAGUUUUUAAAAAACAAAGAAGCAAAAACAAUCGAGGCAUUAAAGGAUUGUGCUAAGCGACAUGUAGAUGUGGCUCGGAAGUGAUGCCGCGAAAUGGAACUUAUUAUAGCAAUGAGUGUAAUAAGCGCGUUGUACAUUUGAUUCCAAGGCCAGGGUAAUUGACACCACGGACAGUGCCACUUUUGUCAUUUU